UAGUUGUCAGGGUAACAGCAGAGCGACGCUUCUUCGCGCACCUACGGUGCUAAACACCCAUCAUAAAGUGAUACCUUGCCCCGGGUUUUAGUGGAUUAAAGCUAUCUGACCUCGACAGAAAGGCGAGGACUGUCCGCAGUGGCCCACCCAUGGCGGUGUACUUCGACCACCGCAUCGAAGCCCCUCCCAGCAGCGGGGUGCCCUCCCAGUUGGCAUGGCACCCCAGGCACCCCAUCCUGGCCGUUGCCUCCAGCAGCUCAACGUCCGGAGGCAACGUGGACCUGUACCUGCAGCAGGGGGAGUUUGUGGAGAGCUGCCACCUGGAGCGUCCAGACCAGGCCACGGUGCUGCGCUGGCACCCCAUGAAGCCGCUGCUGGUGCUGGGCUGGGAGAGCGGCGAGGUCCUGCUCCUCUCGCACCCCUCUGGGGAGCAGAACCCCCUGCCCCCCACGCACGCCGCCCCCAUCACCCUGCUGGAGUGGAGCUGCUCCGGGAGCCGCCUUGUCACCGGGGACCAGAUGGGCGUGUUGGCAGUGUGGAAGCUGGACGCCAGAGGACGAGUACAGGGAACCCCCCUGGUGAAGCACGACUACGGCAAAGCUCUGAGCUGCUGUAUCUUCAGAGCCACGCCCCCCGCAGAGGACAUGGCGGUGCUGGCCAGAGCAGCGGUCGGUGGGGAUGAGAGAGCGCUGGACCAGUUCACCUGGGGGAGGGAGGGGAAGGAGGGGAGGGGCCCAAAGAGCAGCCUGCAGGAGGGCCUGGUGUUCUACGUCAGCACUGUGGACGGCAAGGUGCACAGUGUGGAUGAGCGCGGCAGGACGGCGGGGCUGCUGGCGUUGGACAGCCCCGUCCAGAAGCUCUUCUACCUGGAGAAGAGAGAGGCGCUGGCCGUGGUCACGGAGAGCCUCACGCUGUCGCAGUACACCCUGGGGCCAGAGGGGGGCGCCCAGGAGCUCAUGAAGGUGAAACUCAGCGGUCAGAGCGGGAGGAAGGCUGAUGUGGUCUGGACAGAGAGCGGUCUGCUGUUCACCGCCACCGGAGAACAGGUCAUCAGGGUGUGGGAUCUGGAGAGGGAUGACAACUACGUCCUCUCUCUGGACGAGGCUCUGGGCUUCCAGAGAGGGGAGCUCAUCAACUGUGUCUCCUACUGCAGCGCUAAAGAGGUGCUAGCAGCAGGGACCAGUCUGGGCAGGGUUGCUAUGUGGAGGAUGAUGCUGCAGCCUAGCAACAGCAGGACUGAUUCAAGGGUCUCCUGGAAACUCCAGACCCCGACCGAGACGGAGGGCAACGUCACCCAGCUCCAGUGGGGCUCGGGCCUGAACCUCCUGGCGGUGGGCAGCGUGUCGUCGGUGCUCAUCCUGCUGGAGCACGUGAUGCUGUCCCACUUCAGCCAGCAGGUGGCGGCGGUGCAGCUCGCCCCCUCCCAGCUCAGCGUCAGCCUCUCCGCCGAGGAGCCCCCGCUCGCCCUGCGCACCCACAUACACAUCAAGGGGGUCUGCGUCACCGCGAACUCUGUCACCGUGUGGAGUGGGAAGCAGGUCAUCGUCUACGAGCUCUCGGCCGGUGCUCUACGUAGUACAGGUGGGUUCCAGUGUGAUUCUCAGGUCUUAGCAGUGCAGGCUGACAACAUCUACACUGUGGAGCCUAACAGGGUGCAGGUCCGCACACCACAGGGCACAGUGAAGCAGCUGCUGGCCUUCUCGGAGGCCGAGGGGAACCCUGUACUGCUCAGUGUGUGCCAGACCUACCUGGCCGUUGGCACGGAUACCGCACACGUCAAAGUCUUCGACCUGACCAGACGAGAAGCCAAAGCCCACUGCAACGCCAAGAACCUGACGGAGCUCAUCCCCAACCUGGGAGCUCUGCACUCGGUCAAAUGCAACGCCAGCGGCAGCCAAGUCAGCCUCCUCGUCACUCAGGUGAACGGGCGUCCAGACCGUAAGGUGUAUGUAUACGACGUGGAGAUGGACACGAUGCUGCACUUUGACUUCUUCAUGGGACGCCCCCUAAGCAGCCUAUCCCAGGACAUUGAACGGCAGCAGCCUCAGCUCCCAGAGCUGAGCGCCCGCUGUCCCGUGUCCCACUUCUGGGACGAGAGCGAGGCGCGGCUGCUGGUCUGCGAGACGGUGCCCGUCGGGGCGGAGCCUGCCACCUCAUCUCAGCCGGACAUGGCAGAUGUCUCCGUGGUCACCUUCUUCUGCACCCAGGAGCACGGCCUCCUCCUCCACGACGUCUUCCCCAAGCCCCCCGGUCUGCAGGGUCUGCUGGCCCUCAACGUCCCCCACUACUUCUUCACACGCAAGCCUGGAGAGAGCGGCCAGGGUGCGGGGGAGGAAAUGCCCCCCCCCGCCACGGCCGGCCGGCCCCCCCACAUGGUGUCCAGACGGCCCAUGAGGGACUUUGUGGGCCUGGAGGGCUGUGAGAAGAGCACGCGAGACGCCAUGCUCAACUUCAGCUUCUACCUGACGGUGGGCAACAUGGACGGGGCCUUCAGGUCCAUCAAGCUCAUCAAGAGCGUGGCCGUAUGGGAGAACAUGGCCAGGAUGUGCGUGAAGAACCGGCGUCUGGACGUGGCGAGGGUCUGCCUGGGGAACAUGGGCAACGCCAGGGCGGCCCGGGCCCUGAGGGAGGCCCAGGCCCAGCCCCAAGCCGCGGCCCAGGUGGCCGUGCUGGCUGUUCAGCUGGGCAUGCUGGAGGAGGCAGAGAAGCUGUACCGGAGCUGUGAGCGCUUCGACCUCCUCAACCAGUUCUACCAGGCGUGUGGCCGCUGGCAGCAGGCCCUGGAGACGGCCCAGACCUCCGACCGCAUCCACCUGCGCUCCACCUACUACAACUACGGCAAACACCUGGAGGCCAUGGGCGACCGGACCCUGGCCCUGUCCUACUAUGAGAAGUCGGACACCCAUAGGUUUGAGGUCCCCAGAAUGCUGCAGGACGACAGUGGUUCCCUGGAAGUCUACGUCGACAAGAUGAAGGACAAGAUCAUCUACAAGUGGUGGGCCCAGUACCUGGAGAGCCAGGCCGACAUGGACGCGGCGCUGCUGUACUACGAGAACGCCCAGGACUACCUGUCCCUGGUGCGGGUGCACUGCUACCUGGGGAACAUCCAGAAGGCUUCAGAGAUCGCCAACGACACAGGGAACAGGGCAGCUUCGUACCACCUGGCCCGGCAGUACGAGGGUCACCAGGAGGUCAAACAGGCCGUGCACUUCUACACGAGAGCACAGGCCUACAACAACGCCAUACGACUCUGCAAGGAGAGCGGUCUGGAUGACCAGCUGAUGAACUUGGCGCUGCUCAGUAACCCUGAGGACAUGAUGGAGGCGGCCUGCUACUACGAGGAGAGGGGCAGCCACAUGGACCGGGCUGUGGUGCUCUACCACAAGGCGGGUCACAUGUCCAAGGCCCUGGAGCUGGCGUUCGCCACGGAGCAGUUCUCCGCCCUCCAGCUCAUCGCCGAGGACCUGGACCACACGUCGGACCCCAGCCUGCUGACGCGCUGCUCCGACUUCUUCAUCAAACACAGCCAGUACCAGAAGGCCGUGGAGCUGCUGGUGGCUGCCAAGAAGUACCACGAGGCCCUCCAGCUGUGCGUGGACCAGAGCCUCACCAUCACCGAGGACCUGGCGGAGAGCAUGACAGUCGCCAAGGAGACGGGGGAGCUGACGGAGGAGUCCCGGCGCGAGCUGCUGGAGCGCAUCGCCGACUGCUGCAUGCGCCAGGGGGACUACCACCUGGCCACCAAGAAGUACACGCAGGCCGGCAACAAGCUCAAGGCCAUGAGGGUGCUGCUGAAGUCCGGCGACACAGAGAAGAUUGUGUUCUUCGCCGGCGUGUCCAGGCAGAAGGAGAUCUACAUCAUGGCGGGGAACUACCUGCAGUCUCUGGACUGGCGCAAGAACCCUGACAUCAUGAAGAACAUCAUCGGCUUCUACACCAAGGGCCGCGCCCUGGACCUGCUGGCCGGCUUCUACCAGGCCUGCGCACAGGAGGAGAUCGAUGACUUCCGGGACUACGAGAAGGCCUUGGGGGCUCUGUCGGAGGCCUACAAGUGUCUGUCUAAGAGUAAGGAGCGCAGCCCUGGGGAGCAGGAGACCAGACUGGCCCAGCUCCAGCACCGAGUCACCCUGGUCAAACGCUUCUGCCAGGCCCGCAGGGUGUGUGAUGAGGACCCGGGAGAGGCCAUGAGUCUCUGCGACGCUCUGCUGGAGGAGCCGGAGCUGGACACGGCGGUGAGGACCGGAGACGUCUACGGCCUCAUAGUGGAGAUCCACUGCCAGCAAGGACGAUUCCAGCAGGCCUACCGCAAGCUGGAGGAGCUCCAGAGCAGCCAGCCCAGCCUGAAGGUCAGCUCCUACGUGAGCCCGGCCAGCCUGGAGGCCCUGGAGGGGGCGCUGGGGGUGUCUCUGGGCCGCGGCCCCCCGCCCCCGGCCCGGCGCAGCGACAGCGGAGGGGAGGACGACGAGGUGGAGGAAGACGAGGGGGUGUAGAGAUGAAGACCUGGAGGAGGACUAAAGGACACGGGCUGAGGAGCAGAGGCACAGAGAGACCGAACCUGAGCUCACGGUUCACCUCCAAUAAUAAUACUGCUCCGCCGGACCCUUAGGGCUCCAUAUUCUCAACAAUAAUAGAUCCUCUUUAUCUUUAAGAUACAGAAACAGGGAAGUGUGUUCAUAGAUAAUAUGGUAAUGUGUGCUGGAUGCUCGCCUUACGUCCUUCUGGUUAACAUGCAUAUUAUCCUUUUUUCUAUUUUGAAUUUUGGCAUAAAACCUGUAAUAUGAAAUGCUCAUAUAUUUAUAUAAAAUAUUUUGCAUCGCCAAUCCUGUUUUUUAUGGAGGCAGAAAUGUGUCAAUUCUCUCUUUGUGUACACUGUUUUGUAUUUACAUUGCAUUUCACUGAAUGCAGCAUAUCUUGAGUGUUAUGUUAAAAUACGUGACAGGAAGUACUUGCCUAUUUUUAUCAAACCAUUAAUGUUACAGGAACAAUGCAAUAGGCCUCACUGUGGCUUUAGUUUCACACGAAAAUAAACAU